AUGGCGGAAGAGAAGCCGCCGCAGCUCAGCAUAGAGCCGGUAUCCAGACCGCUGGAUCUGAUACCAGUCGUAAUCAAAGAAGCCGCCCUCGAUUCACCUACGUUCCGCGCAACCGCUGUCCACUACGGCGACCAGAUUGAACUGAUAGAACGAUGGCUCACCUCGUUCGUCACGGCAACGUCGAAGCUUACCGCCGAAUGCAACAAUAUGCAGGCACUCGUAGACACGUACAUACAAGCCUCGCAUCCCCCAUUACAGCUCUCCGAAGCCGUCGUCGACCACGAUUACACCGUCCUAGCCCUGAAGCGAUUCGGAGAGGGCGCACGCGAGUUCUGGAAUGGCACACUGCGCAGCAUGAAGAGGGCUGAGCAGACCAUGUGCGAGCCCAUGAGAGCAUUUGUGUCCAACGACUUGCGCAUGCUGAAGGAGGCGCGGAAGAACCUCGACUCAACACAGCGCACAUUCGAUGGAGCCAUUGCCCGUUAUGCCGGCCAAGUCAAGACAAAGGAGGCGUCAUCGCUGAGAGAAGAUGCCUUCCAGUUGCAUGAGGCGCGACGGGCAUACCUCCAAGCCAGCAUGAACUUCUGCGUCAUGGCUCCCCAGGUGCGACUGACACUGGACAAGAUACUGGUCAAGGUCGUCAACGAGCAAUGGAAAGACAUGAAGGCCGCAACAGAGGCUUCAAGUAAAGGCUUCAGCGCGUGGACUUCAGACGUCGAGCGUGUACGAGGCUGGAGUAAGGAAAUGGAGAACGGCGAGCGUGUCUUCAAGAGAGAGCUGCAUCUAGCACGGCAGCAGAUCGAGGGUGCAGCCGAAGUCAGUGCAAGGCCUUCACGAGACUUGGAUACAUAUGCAGCUUCGACCGUCCCCUAUCUUGGCACCGCGCCUUCGUCCGCAAACCUACAAUCUCCAGCAAAGCCUGAGUUUGGCAUCGAGAAGGCAGAGAAACAAGGCUGGCUGUUCCAGCGCACAAUCACUGGCAAGCCCGCCAGGACCUAUUGGGUCAGACGUUGGUUCUUCGUCAAGAAUGGCAUUUUCGGCUGGCUCACGCAGGGAACGCGCUCCGGUGCGGUUGAAGAGUCAGAGAAGAUUGGUGUGCUGCUAUGCGGCAUCCGACCAGCCUUUGCCGAGGAGCGACGCUUCUGCUUCGAGGUCAAAACGAAAGACACUACCAUCCUUCUCCAAGCCGAGACCCAGAACGACAUCACCGAGUGGAUCUCCUCCUUUGAGGUUGCCAAGCGCAAAGCCCUUGAAGAUACAUCCAAGGAUCUGUCAGGUGCUGCAUCCGUUGACGCUGCUUUCUCCAUAAGCCCUCCAAUAGCUCCCGAGUUUGCCGCAAAGACCUCCGAGGGACACGCUGGCCACCCGGGUGAAGACACAGUCGCUAUGGACCGUACCGAAACGCUCGGUAUUCCUGGUGGUGAUGCCAAUGCGACACGCGGCAGCUUCGAUGUGUCGUCUCGACGUGGCACUACGACCGAAAGCGAUAGCAGCCGUCGCGAUCACACUGCUAGGAUCAUGGAGAAACUUGACCUGACAAGAAAGUCAACAGUAAGCCCUCAGUUGAGUGGAAGCAAUCCCUCUUCUGCCAGCGGUGGCAUUGCUAGUCUUAUCUCCGCGAGUCUUGCCUCAGCUAGUCAUAACAUUGUGCAGGUUGGACAGAUUGCCGCUCCUGCACCUGGACUCCCUGAUACUCGCCUUGUCAUGGGUCAGACACUUCCUUAUACUAGUCUAGCUCCUUCUACCCUUGCGAGCCCACCAGCCCCGACAAACCUUAGCAAAGCUGCUGUUGCUGUGAGCGGAGAGCGAGGUCUUGGGACCGGUCGUUCGGGUAAUAUGCCUGGUGGGCUUAUGGCCAACCUAUGGGGCUCAGUCAACUGGGGAUACGUCAACGUUCUCGGGCGCGAAGAAGAGACCAACACCCGUGAUCGUAGUCAAUCUGGACCUCCAAGCCCCAUCAAUCCAUCUCCAGUCCUUGGGCCUAGUGAUGAGAAGAAUGGAACAGAGGCAGCGCCUACUGUCCCGACCAGCGCCGCUCAUCGCAAGUCAAGUAGUAUGGGAGGUCCUAUCCCGAUACUCAACAAGCCCAAUGUCGAAGAGGUUGAUUUCCCAAACUACUACCCUCUAGCUCUGCGGAUGCAAGACGCACAGUUCCGUAUACUAUUCCCUACUGUGCCACGGGCGGAGAAAGUUGUGCUAGUAUUCCGUGCGGUAUGGAAUCCGACAGAGCAACAAGAGUUCCCCGGACGUGUGUACGUCACAACCAAGAAUAUUUACUUUUACAGCAAUCAUCUUGGUCUUGUGCUCAUUACUGGAAUAAGCAUGGCUUCUAUUGAUGAAGUCACCGCUGCACCCGGCAAGGACUGCGACUUUCUUUUCCUACACUUCAAGUCAGGUUCCAGAGAAGAUGGUGCAACUAGGCUCACUGUCAAGACGUUCCUCGAGCCUCUCAAACUGCUCUUGCGUCGCUUGAACUUCCUUGUACGCAACACUACCUCUAGGGAGCACAACCUGGAAGAAACGAUAAAGGGGAUGAUCAAGAUGGAGACGGAUGAAAGUCUUAAUUCAGUAGGUGAGGAGGGCUGGGAGGAAAUAUCCCCAGACACGCCUAUUGACCCAAAUACUUAUGGUGGUGGGAAGAAUAUCAAAGCCAGUCUCCGCAUCGAUGGCAAUCUAUUUGGGCCAUCUGGUGCAAGUGCUGGAAAGAAUGCCACCAAAUUCAAACUUCCAUCGCAAGCUGUAGUCUUCGCCCCUGCUGGCAUGACGCAAGUCGCCGUGGAGAAGGAAUAUGACAUUAGCGCGAAAGGACUAUUUCAUAUACUCUUCGGCGACAAAAGCGCUGUAUUCCAGUUACUUUACCGGGAAAGGAGAGCAUCCCGCAUUGUUCAGGGGCCCUGGAUCACAAGCGACAAAAACCUCCAACGAAGGGACUUUGAAUAUGAAGUCGCGCAGCCGGGUAAGAACGGAGCUAUUGUUAUAAACGACUACCAAGUCAUCGAAGUGUUGAACGAUCAUCUUUGUUAUGUGGUCUCGGAUCGCAAAACGCCUUGGUACCUGCCAGGCCAAGAGCGAUUUGUACUUCUCAGCAAGACUGUCAUCACACAUGUCUCGAAAGCACGGUGCAAGCUGGCUAUUCACACAAAGGUAGACUGGAAGCGAAAUCCACGUUUUGCGAAAAAGCUCAUCGAACGUCAAGCCUUGCAAGACUUGGAACUUGAGGCGCAGGACCUUGUUGAUGUCGUCAAUGACCAGGUCGCAAGGCUCGGUCACAACAGAAGCACGAACAAGGUUACGGGCAUUUUUGGUCAGAUUGGGGCUCAGACACAAGCUGUGCAGCUCGAUGCACAGGACAUCCCACCACCAAACCGACCGCGAAAGUUCAAGUUACGACCACAGACGACAGCUUCUUUUGUCGCGCAAUAUAUCGGUAACAUCGUCAUCAGUGUGCUGUCAACAGUUAUGAGUUGGAUACUAGCGAUCGGCGCAGGGCUCGGCAAAGUCAUUUCAGCACACUCUUUGCUCUUUGGCCUUCUGUUAGUCAGUGGUGGUGCCAAUUUCUUCUAUACUUCAAGAGACAGUUGGAGCUGGUGGCAUGAGCGAAAUGCCGCAAACUACAUGUCGCGACUGGGCGUCAAGCCAUCGACUACGAUGACACGCUCGAUUUACAUUCGCGACAUCGAGGAGUCGUUCUUGAACAGGAAUAGUACGGGUCUUGAAUUUUCAGUGCCAGUUGCGGCCAGCACCGACAACAAAUGCCAUCAGACAUUCACGACCCUCCUUCACGACCCCUUGUCGACAGUUUCGACACAGUCAUUCUUCAGACCCUCCACACAUAGCACCCAGCGUCUCCACCGUACGCGACAGAGCCUUGGCUCACAUCGUCAUGACCUACUCGUUGCUCUACGGGUUGUUAAUCGAAUUGAGAAAGAAGUGGUGGAAGCGGAAUACGAGAACUGGCUGCUGGAUGAGACACACAAAUGUAGCAAGGUUGGAAAGCUCUUGGAGAGCGCAGCCAAGAAGGGGAAGGAAAAGCAGGUGGAGGAUUGGGUAAAAGGUUAUUGCGGGGACUGUCAGAAGAGCUUGAGGGUUGUUGAGGAGAGCCGGAAGGGUCUGGUUUGA